GUUAAAGUCAGUUUGGAGUUGUCUAUUCAAAGUCAAGAACAAGAAACUUGAAAUGCGUGCUUACAUAGUUGUUGCUCUUUUAGCCGUGGUUGCUGUUGCCGCCGCACAGGGUCCCCGAGGUGGACGUGGUGGUCCAGGUGGUCCAGGAGGCCCACGUGGAGGACCAGGAGGUCCUGGAGGUGGUCGUGGGGGUCCAGGCGGCCCAGGCGGUCCCGGAGGUCCACAGGGAGGUCCUGGCGGCCCCGGCGGUCCACAAGGCGGUCCUGGCGGACCCGGCGGUCCAGGUGGUCCAGGUGGUCCCGGAGGUCCAGGCGGUCCCGGAGGUCCGUGGGGAGGUCCUGGCGGUCCCGGUGGUCCAUGGGGACCUCCACCAAAUGCCACAUUGCCAUCCAAUUCAACAUCAACAACAACCAGCACCACAGAAGCUUCCACAUCCACUUCUACAUCCACUGAAGCUACAAGCUCUUCCACUGAGGCAAGCACCACUGGAAAUUCUACAGAAGCUUCGGGAUAAUUUGAAAAUUAUUUUUUGGCUGCUUAUCCUUGAAAGAAAAGAAAAAUAUUUUAAAUUGUAAUUAAAAAUAAAAUUAUGUGCUGUGUAUAUUGAAAGUUAAAGUUAUUAAUUAUUAAUGCAAUUUACCAAUUCGAA